AAAAAACUCGGGUCGGAUUGUGAAAGAAAACAAGUCAGUGACUUUAACGUAAAUCUAAGCAAAAUACAGGGGACCAUAAUGCAAAUAAAUUUUCCCGCUUCCCGCCGGUAUUUACCCAUCCAGAAACCGGAAAACAAUUCCCACUGAAAAUGGAAGACAAUCCGUUGCCGUCGUUCAUUAAAUCAGGAAUUUAUCAGCUAAACUUAACCGCCGUCUUCAUCGACCCGGUUCGACUCCUGAACCGUUCCUACACCCGGUUUAGGGUUUCGCCUUCUACUUAUUACUCUCGCUUCUUCGAUUCAACGAACUCAACACAAUCAACGAACUCAACACAAUCUCCAAAAGCUUCCGAAGAUUCUAGAAAGCGAAAACGUAAACAGAAGAAGAAGAAUAAGGUUCAAUCUCUCAAUGAACGUGAACAAAUCGCCGAUCGUCGUCACCAGGAGGUGAAGCCAUUCUUGUUGAAAGCGCAUGAAGCUCUACUUGAAGCUACUGAUAUUUUGAAAGUUUUGAGGAAUUUGAGGAAUGAUGGAUGUGUUGUGAGGGAAUGUAAGGAGUUGUCAAAGGAAAGUAGUGAGCUUUCCUUGAUGGAGCUCGGCGGUGUUUGGCAAGCGCCGAUGUAUGAGAUUGUUCUCAAUUAUUAUCAUGAUGAUAAAACUUUCCAAAAUGAAGGUUUUCCGCUUGCUCACAGUAUUGAACAAAGAGUCACUCCUGUAUUUAACAAUCUUGUUGCUAAUGAGGGAAACGAUGAUAUAGAGGCUGAGCUUUUUAAUCACAAGUAUAUUAUUCCCAAAAGGAGUUGUUUCUAUAUGUCUGAUUUGCAGCAGAUUGACAGCUUAAUCCCAGCUGAUUCUGAUUGUGGCUUCAAUCUCAUAGUUAUAGACCCCCCUUGGGAAAAUGGCAGUGCUCGCCAGAAAGUGAGGUACCCAACUUUGCCUAACCGAUACUUCUUAUCACUCCCUGUCAAGGAACUUUGUCAUACCUCUGGAGCACUUCUUGCAUUGUGGGUUACCAACAGGGAGAAGUUGCGAGAUUUUGUGGAAAAUGAUUUAUUUCCCAAAUGGGGAGUAACAUAUGCUGCUAGCUUUUACUGGUUGAAGGUUAAGGCCAAUGGAAUAUUGACUGGUGAAUUGGACCUCUUUCAUCAUCGACCAUAUGAAUGUCUUCUCCUAGGUUACUGUAAAGGAAAGGUUGGCCUGUCCCAUGCCUUGGAGUUGCCUUUGUUAAAGCGUAUUCUUUUCUUCACUUCACCAUGUCUUUUGCAGGAUACACAUUCUGGGAAAUUAGCAAGAAUGAAUCCUAUACCAGAUAAUCGCGUGUUCAUUAGUGUUCCUGGUGAUUAUUCAAGGAAACCCCCCAUUGGAGAGCUGCUGCUAGAUUAUGUGCCGGGGCCUAUCCCUGCUCGUUGUGUUGAACUAUUCGCUAGAGAAAUGAUAGCUGGCUGGACCUCUUGGGGGAAUGAACCUCUUCAUUUUCAGGAUUCGAGAUAUUUUGUUAGUAAGACAACAGAAAAUUGAUGUAUCCUGAUAGAAACGCCUCUUACUUGGGAAGUUUCAGUACCAACGACAUGGAAUCCUGACGAUUUCCCUUUGGUUCAUGAACUAUGCGAUGGAGCAGCACAUUCAGCGGGUUUUACCAUAUUGAUUGCUUGUGGGCAGAGAGUUAUAGACUUCAAAUGCCUCUGUUCAGUGUUGAACUAAUUUUCCUUCAACAGCAUCUUUUGUGAACUUGAGCCAAGGGCCUCUCCGAAACACUUUCACCUCCUCGAGGUGGGGGUGAGGUCCGCUUACACUAUACCCUCCCUAGACCCGACUUGUGGGAUUACACAUUUACACAUUUACACUGGGCAUAUGUUGUUGUUUUCUUUUGAAACUGAAGCGUCUGGUAUGUAUUAAAAAAACUAUCUGCAUUUGACAGUACAAAGGUAAUUAUUUCCAGUGGCCUUGUUAGGCUCUCUGUAAUAAGAACAAGAUUGACGAUUUUUAGGUGUUUUAGACAGGUAACUUAAAACACCUGAAGAAAUCGCAUUCAAUUAUUCAAAAGUA